CCGGGACUCCGGGUAUUCAAAUCUUCAUGCUUCAAAGCUUUCUCAUGCAAGGUCAUUUACCUCAUGUUGAUGACGCGUUGAUAAUGCGUGCGUAAGCCUUGCUUACAGUAGCUGAGCGCUGACUGAUGACACAAACGUACACCUGAUGAUAUCCCCUUGCUGAUGCACGCUGCGAAUUCCAGCAUCAUCUGAGUCGGAAGUCAGGUUUUGUGAGUGAUCAGACUAGCUUUAGUAGCUUCGAUCUUCUUCCACAUACCCAAUAUUGAAUGUCUUCGCCGCGGAAAAGCAGCUAGAUGAUAUUUGGUCGAGGAAUAUAAAACCUGAACGGCUGAUGAGGAAUCAUGCACACUCCCAAAAAUGAUGGACCCAAAUGAACUCAAGGUUGAAGCCCUCUUGGACAUCAUCAACUCCUCUGCCCGCAAAGCAAUGGCGGAAUACAAGAACACUGGACAUGGAGUCCCUGGUGUCGAUGCAGGCACAUUCCACCCCCUUGACUUUGCGACAGAUACGCUUGCCCUCAGAAAGGCAAUCAGGCUGCUCGAAGGUGCAUGCGAGCAAUUGAAUACAAUACUGGCUCCCCCCCAACGCACAGUGAAUAAUUUUGUUCAUAAUUACAAUUGGGCAUGCAUAGACGUCGCUCUGCAGUCACGUAUUGCAGACGUCUUGGACAAACACGCGGACGGUCUUAGCUUGGAUGUGUUGGCUGACGCAGUCAACCUCGAUAAGACCAAGGUUGCACGCGUGUUGCGAGUUUUGGCCCUCAGGGGUUGCUUCAAAGAAGUUAAGCGAGACAUAUUUGCAAACACGCGACUCUCCCUCGUGCUCAAGGCAACAAAUAACGUCGGGUUUUGGAUAAAACUUCAGCGAGAAUUCCCUAAAUAUGCUGCGGUUCUCUAUGAUACUAUGGUCGACCAAGAGUUCGCAAGGUCGGACAAGGUUGAAAGAGCCCCACGAGCAUUUGCUCUCGGAAAGGAAGGCAAAAAAAACGACAGCUACUGGGAGAUGGACGAUGAGGCACGCGAUAUAUUUCACAAAGCCAUGAUGGGCUAUUCUGAGAUGCAGGACUCAUCUGCGGUGCUGCAUCAUUACCCUUGGGACAAUGUAUCCUCUGUUGUGGAUAUUGGAUCUGGAACUGGAGCGAUGUCUAUUCCUCUGGCUAAAAUGUUCCCUCAUCUCAAAAUAACCAAUCAAGAUCUCCCAGAAACUAUAAAGCUGUCAAGAAAUACAUGGGAGACGAAUUCUCCUGAGUUACUGCUCGACGGGCGUGUAGAGUUCGUGCCACUGAAUUUCUUGGAGGAGUCGCCCGUCGUCGGAAAGGAUGUUUACUACUUGAGGAGCAUCAUUCAUGACUGGCCGGAUGAAGAGUCGAGGGUGAUUCUCCAUAAUGUUCGCAAAGCAAUGGGACCAAACAGCCGAGUGUUGAUACAUGACGAGGAUCAUAAGGCGCCCGAACCUACAUUACUGAACUUCGGUAGUCACACAACACACCACUCGGACAUGAUCAUGUGGUUUCUUUUCAAUGGCAAGGAGCGAACCUUGAAGGAAUUCAAGGACAUUGGGGCCAGUGCAGGUCUAGUACUCACCCAAACGUAUGAUCUUGUAGGGACGAUGCUCUUGGAGUUCAGAAUCGCUCAGGACUGAUGCGGAACAUAUUUCGUGAUCUUCUGUUAUUGUACUUUUACCCUCCCCUGGCCAAUUGAUCGUUCCAUGAUUUAAUCAAGACGAUAGCAAUUCUAUCCCAACGACAUAGAUAAGGAAUCAAAAUUAUCCAGAUCAACUGGGGUGUUGUGAACGUCAUUGCCCACCGCUAUGACCGCUCAGAUGUGCCGUUGGACUAAUGCUCCUUGAGGACUCAAAUUUGACAGGUGGAACAGGUAAUAGCUUAUCUUCGGGUCUCUGCAGAUCACUCAGCCUUCACAUGCAUUAUAGGCAAACUCUGCGGACACUGCGU